UUUCCAAUUUCAUCUGCAGGACCGCGAAUCGGCUGCACUUCGUUCUCACCGUGUCCGAUCCCUUUUUACCCGGCGAGUUUACCGGCGGAACAAAAUUUCCGGCAGAUCCAUCGAUUCUCUCGGCUUACUGCUGUCGCCAAAUUCCGGGUCCUUGGAAGGGCGCUGCUUUGGCAUGCCGCUGAGUAGACAUCUACGGUUGAAAUGCGGGCUUUGAGGUUUCCUUUGGCCGCUCAAGGCAUCUGUCCCAAGCUGAGGAUAGCUGGUGUUGUGAUUUUAGCUGCAUGGAUUGGUAUUGCAGCUUUGUACGGCCUUCUAAAGCCUAUCAAGAAUGGCUGUAUUAUGACUUACAUGUAUCCCAUUUAUAUUCCCAUUUCCUCGAUGGGUAAUGCACCUUCUGGAAGAUAUGGACUCUAUCUUUACCAUGAAGGCUGGAGGAGGAUUGACUUUAAGGAGCACCUCAAGAAGCUCAGUGGAGUUCCCGUUCUUUUCAUCCCGGGCAAUGCUGGUAGCUACAAGCAGGUCAGAUCUCUGGCAGCAGAAUCUGAUAGAGCUUUCCAAGGGGGUCCAUUCGAGAAUACAUUUUACCAGGAAGCUUUUCUACAGACUGAGGGUAGUGCAGACAUGGACACAGUCAACUAUGAAGUGCCUAAUCAGUACACCAAUAGACUAGAUUGGUUUGCAGUGGAUCUUGAAGGUGAACAUUCUGCAAUGGAUGGCCGCAUACUCGAAGAGCACACUGAAUAUGUCGUAUAUGCCAUUCAUAAGAUUCUCGAGCAAUAUAAGGAAUCUCAUGAUAUCAGACAAAGAGAAGGGGCUGCUGCAUCUGGUAAUUUACCGCGUAGUGUGAUAUUGGUUGGGCAUUCUAUGGGAGGUUUUGUUGCUAGAGCUGCUGCAAUCCAUCCUCAUCUGCAUAAAUCUGCUGUGCAGACCAUUCUAACACUCUCAAGCCCACACCAAUCACCUCCUCUGGCUUUGCAGCCAUCCUUGGGACACUACUUUGCCCAAGUAAAUCGAGAAUGGAAAAAGGGCUAUGAAGUUCAGACAUCUUCAGGUGGAAAUUAUGUCUCUGACCCAUUACUAUCUCAAGUGGUGGUUGUGUCCAUUUCCGGUGGUUACAAUGAUUAUCAGGUGCGAUCGAAAUUAGAAUCACUUGAUGGCAUUGUCCCUCCUACUCAUGGCUUUAUGAUAAGUAGUACAAGCAUGAAUAACGUGUGGCUAUCGAUGGAACACCAAGCUAUACUGUGGUGUAACCAGUUGGUUGUGCAGGUUUCACAUACACUUCUUAGUUUGGUAGACUCAAAAACAGGGCAGCCUAUUGCUGAUACUCGAAAGAGACUUUGGAUGUUCACAAGGAUGCUUCAAAGUGCAUUGGCACAGAGUUUCAAUGGAAUGACACCUACGAAGUUGUCUCAUGAGAUACCCGUCUUGGCCUCAAAGGGCUCUGUAGCACAUAAACCUUCUUGUCCAAUGGAUUGGAGGGAUGAUGCUCUUGACAGGGAUCUGUACAUCCAAACGAACACAGUUACUAUUUUGGCGAUGGAUGGGAGACGGCGUUGGCUGGAUAUUGAAUCAUUGGGGACAAAUGGAAUGAGCCACUUUGUCUUUGUUACAAAUCUUGCACCUUGUUCCGGAGUGAGACUUCAUUUAUGGCCUGAGAAGGAGAAAUCAGAUUCAGAUUUACCGGUUUGUCAAAGGAUGGUGGAGGUUACCUCAAGAAUGGUUCUCGUUCCAUCAGGCCCUGCACCAACACAGUUGGAACCAGGGAGUCAGACAGAGCAAGCUCCUCCAACUGCUGUACUGAGGCUGGGACCUGAAGAUAUGCGUGGGUUCAGAUUCUUGACUAUCUCAGUUGCGCCUCGUCAAACAGUUUCUGGCAGGCCUCCUCCGGCUGUUUCUAUGGCAGUUGGGCAGUUCUUUAAUCCUGAAGAAGGAGCCAUGGAGGUCUCGUCUCAAUCGAUGCUUCUAUCGACCUACUGGCCGAAGAAUUUGUUGUUGAAGGAAGACCACCCUCUAGUGUACAAUCUAUCUUUUGCUAUGAGCUUAGGUCUUCUGCCCAUAACUCUGUCCCUGAAGACUGCCGGAUGUGGAAUCAAAACUACUGGUCUCCCCGAUGGAGAGAGUGGAGACUUGGACAAGGAAAAGCUUUGCAAAUUGCGUUGCUUCCCACCUGUUGCCCUUGCCUGGGAUUCUGCAUCAGGACUUCAUGUCUUUCCAAAUCUUUUCAGUGAGACAAUAAUUGUUGAUUCUUCACCAGCACUUUGGAGUUCUUCUCGGAGUUCUGAGAAAACCACCGUUAUGCUUCUGGUUGAUCCUCAUUGUUCAUAUACUGCUGGUAUUCAAGUAUCUGCUCAUGCGAUGGCCAGCAGAUUUUUGCUUUUAUACAGUCCUCAGAUAGUUGGCUUCUCCUUUGCUGUUAUUUUCUUCGCUCUUAUGCGGCAAGUUCAUGAAUGGGACCAUAAACGGGCUGUGCCACCAUUGCUCACAGCUGUAGAACACAACUUAAGAAUGCCAGUUCCGUUUUUGUAUCUAGCAGCUUUGCCUGUUUUAACUUCCUUGUUCUUGUCCUUCCUAAUGGUCCAACCAUUUCCUCCAGUUGCAAGCUUCACUGUCAUCUCCUUGGUUUGUUAUUUGUUUGCCAAUGGGUUCAUUAUUUUGCUUGUUGUUGCCUCUAAAUUGGUAUUCCAAGUGAUGGCCAUCAUCCACACCUCUCUUAAAUCAAUGUGCCAAGCUUGGGAGAGAAAUUAUUGCCUCGUGUUUCUACGUUGGUUUUCCAAAGUUGCUUCAAGUUUUGUCUGCUUAAAGGCAAUCAGGAUUCUGAAGCUUAACACAAUGCUUGUUACGAUACUUGUGGCCAUUACCUUGGCAUGCUUUGUUCAUCCGGCCUUGGGUCUAUUGGUACUCCUAUUGUCUCACGCUUGUUGCUGUCAUAGUUCCAUGUCCUGUUUUGUGAUGGCAUCAAGGAGAAAGGAAUCCGUUGCUGAGCAGAAAAACGGUGCCAGCCAUAGAGCUCGACAUUCCUUAACUAGACAGGACCUCUUAUCAGAUCAAAAUCUCAUCUCCGAGAAGAAAACCUCCUCUGCGUUAGGCUUUCCUGAAAAGUCUUUUCGCGAGACACAGGCUGAGAUCUUCAACCACAGGCAUGGCCUACUCAUGUUGCAUCUCCUUUCCAUGCUUAUGUUCGUCCCCUCUCUCGCCGCUUGGUUUCAGAGAAUCGGGAUGGGGCAGAGCUUCCCUUGGUUUGCGGAUUCCGCCCUCUGUGCAGGUGUGAUCUUCCACGGCAUACUAAACUCGAGACCCGAGUCAAGCGUCUUGCUAUCUUUCCCGUCGAUAAUGGGUCACGAACUCCGCCCCCGUCUCAUCUACCUCCUCGCCGGCUUCUACUCCUACCUCUCCGGCCUAGCCUUGGCUCCGUACAAGGUCUUCUCCCCUAUGGCUGCCAUAGGCUACAUCUCAUUGGCACUGAAGCUCUCACUGGGCAAUGAUCUCCGUUUCCGAACCAAAAGCCAUACGCACAGACACUGAUCAUUCUUUAACCCGAAACAACAAACAGACAACUGCUUUCAUGGUCCGGCCGAGGACCCGUCGAAGCCAGGAGGAAAUGUGACCAGAAACUCAGAGCAUUAGAAGCUGAUCGGACCAAGAUUUAUGUCAGAUCGGUCGGGCGGCAUUCGUAGGGGUUCGGAGAGAUUGAACUGAAGAGAAUUUUGUUCCGGCAGAGAUUGCUUUCUGAACUCAAAAACUUCGUCAUAUGUUCGACCAGUGGGUCUUAGUUUGGUUUGGUCUGAUUUGGUUUUUGUUAAGCGGACCGAGAUUUUAUGGUUGAAUCGAAAUCUGGAGUUGUGCAUUAACACUAUGCAAGGAUUUAUUUAUAAAAAUGGAACUGAAACGUAUCAAAGUUA